AUGCAUGUUAUAUAUAAAGUGAGUAGCUGGUCUAGUUUCUCUAAAUGUACWGCGAACAAUGGAAACUGCGGACCAGGAACACAAUACCGAACAAGAAAAAUAACGCGAAAUCCAUACUGCAGCAGUUCUUGUCCUUCACUGAAGGAUACACGGUCCUGUUCGGCAGGCUGCUGCCCUGUUAACUGUGCUGUGUCAAGCUGGACGAGCUGGAGUGCUUGCACUUCGACAUGUGGAACAGGUACCAAAACAAGGACACGAAGAAUAACGACAAAUCCGAGUUGUAACGGUCAAGCUUGCCCAGUACUUAAAUCAACCGUCUCCUGCUCUCAGUAUAAUAAUAAAGAUUGCGUCAUGUCUGCCUGGUCUUCCUGGUCCCAGUGCUCUAACGGUUGUGGGAACGGCUUAAUUACCAAGACCAGAAGGGUAACCAUUCAGCCUGUUUGUCAGGGGAAGAAGUGCGGACCUUCAUCGGCAAGCAAAGUGUGUACGAGUUACCGAGAUAACAGAGACUGUAAGGUUGGGUCUUGGACCUCAUGGGGUUCCUGUAGUACUAAAUGUGCCGUUGGUACGCGUCAAAGAACACGAUCUAUUACAAUCGCUAAAAGAUGUCGUGGUAAACCAUGUCCAACACUCAUGGAAACGUCUCAAUGUGGAACAGCCAAUGGGGGAUGUAAACACAUCUGUAGYAAUAACGUAUGUUCCUGUCGUCCUGGCUACAACCUUGGCUCUGAUAGGAAAACUUGCAUCGCUAAGAACUGUGGGGCUGYAAAACCGAGCUUUUGCGCGCAAGGAACGAAACUUGGUUCUACUUGUAAAUAUGCYGUAGUCACGUGUCCUGGUAAUAAAACGACCUACCCAGUCACGUGCAGYCUUGGAUGUCCCAAAUAUUACAGCCUUAAAGGUGUUAGUACUAUUACGUGCCAGACGAGUGGACGUUGGACUAGUUAUAGCUCCACUUACUGCCGAAGAAAUAAUGAUCCUCCGACUCAGAUUUUGCUUUCCGGGUCGAGCUCGGUUGCUGAGAAUCAGCCGCGAGGGACAAAAGUUGGAACGUUCAGUUCAAUUGACUCUGUUAAUAGUAAGGAUACCCAUACGUAUGCUAUUGUCAAAGGUGGAAAUGGCUUGUUUGAACUAAAGGGGGCAGACCUUCUCACUCUUAAAAUUUUCAACUAUGAGAGUUCUCCAAACAGUUUCGAUAUCACAAUUCGUAGCACAGACAACGGUGUGCCUGCCAUGCAUUUGGACAAGACUUUUACUAUCAAAGUCACUGAUGUAAACGAAUCUCCAACCGAUAUUCAACUUUCUAGUACAAGUGUUGAUGAAAACAGUGAUAUGGACACCACAGUKGGCAUGCUCAGUACCGCUGACCCUGACAAAUCACAAUCGUUUACUUACCUGCUGCUAGACAACGCGGGCGGCAGAUUUAAAGUCGUGAAGAAUUUGAUCAAGGUUGCGCAGUCCAACAGACUGUGCCUACAAUCUGGAGGCCCUAAAUGCACAUUAAACUACGAACAGCAAAACUCACACGACAUAAAAGUUCGCAGUACGGACAGCGGUACACCAUCCAAAUCUAUCCAAAGAAACUUCUCUAUUACUAUCAAUGACGUCAACGAUCGACCACGUGACUUGAAAUUAUCCAAUAAAACUAUCAAAGAGAAUGCCCCAAUCAACACAGUGAUUGGUCAAUUUACGGCACGUGAUGAAGAUAUUAACCAGCGAUUGGUNUUGUCUCGUGUCUCACUCACCCACACACCCCCUAUCACAUUACACGGUGUACACACUUCCGCUCACAAUUCACUUCCGCUCUAA